AUGUCCAGCCAGAACUUGCUCCUCUCCGACUCGCCUAGUGGCCUAGCACCUGUUACAUCCGAAGUAAAAGCCAUGGCAGCCACCGACAGCCAGAUCUGUUCCCGAUGCAACGGACAGGGCCACCGUGCGGCCCAAUGUCCAAAGAUGUCGUUCUACCGCACCUGCGAGUACUGCAAGGUGGUUGGGCAUUCCGCAAAGGCCUGCCCCAAACUGCAGCGCCGGGCUUUGGAGAAGGCCACCCAGCAGAAGGCGGUCAAGAAUCAGACUAGCGACGCGCGGAGCGAGUCCGGAACGAGCACCACAGCUUCGGGUGAUUCUUGGACAUCUGGGGCUUGGCGCAAGCCCCGCGGUGUCAAGAGCAAAGCCAAGGGCGCCUCGGGCGAGUGGCAGCCAGAGCACUGGGUGCUAAGCACGGAGGAGGAGCGGGAGGCCCGCAAGCUGGAGAAAAAGCUUCGGGAGAUUGCCGCUCUCGAGCAGUCGGUGGAUCAAGGGAAGAGCCUGGAUGCACUUCAGCUCCAGAAGGUGGGUCGGAAGAGCGAGAUCGAGGGCCACGACAUCCUGCGCAAAGUGCGCCUAGGAUACCGCCGCGUGACCCUGCCGGUUGCGGAGUAG